AUGAACGUACCCGAAUUCUCAUCUGCCCCCGAGAAAUACCCCGCGAGGUACGGUCCUCGGGCGAACCGCAACCAGGAACGGUGCUUUCAAAUCGCCCAGAGCUUCUUCAAGAAUGGCGUCGCGAGGACCAAAGCGCGAUAUGAGAGGUGGAAGGAGCUAGAGGAGCGUCUCCAGGAUCCAGCGCUCCAGCCCAAGCGCGAGGAGCUCUACAUGCAAUUGAGAAUGUCCGAGUCCAAGUAUCUGCGCUUCCUCCGGACCAAAGAAUCGCUGUCUAACUACACUCCCAUCAAGACCAUUGGAAAGGGCUAUGCUGGCGAAGUGAAGCUGGUGCGCAGAAAGCAAGACGGACGAGUCUACGCACUCAAACGCCUUGUGAAGACGGAGAUGAUGUCCCAUGAACAGCUUGCUCGGGUCCGGGCCGAACGCGAUGCGUUAGCUGAAGCUGACAGCGACUGGGUUGUCAAACUAUACACCACCUUCCAGGACAACAUGUCCCUCUAUCUGCUGAUGGAAUACCUGCCCGGCGGCGAUCUGAUGGCGUUGCUCAUCAAGUAUCAGAUCUUCUCUGAGGAUGUCACGCGGUUUUACGCCGCCGAAAUGGUCCUGGCCAUCGAAGCAAUACACAGGCUGGGCUUCAUCCACCGUGACAUCAAGCCUGACAACAUCCUCAUCGACCGGCACGGCCAUAUUAAACUCGCCAAUUUUGGCCUCUCAAAGGGCUUCCGCGGAGACCGCUCCAAUGGUCGCUACAAAGAGAACCAACGACCUGGCCCCUCGGACAACCAAAAGCGCAACUCGGUCAACAUCGAUGAAAUCAGUUUGACCGUAAGCAACCGGCCUCAAAUCAACAUCUGGCGGCAUUGUAGGAAGGUAUUGGCCUAUUCGACCGUUGGAACGCCCGACUAUGUCGCACCAGAGCUGUUUACAGGCCGUGGAUACUCGUUUGAGAUUGACUGGUGGUCACUUGGUACCAUUCUAUACGAAUGCCUCGUGGGCUGGCCACCGUUUGCCUCCGAGGCGGCGUACGACACCUACACAAAGAUUAUAAACUGGAGAGAGUCUUUCAUUUUCCCCGAUGACGUCCAGCUUCACCCAAAUUCCAUCGGCCUCGUUAAGAGCCUUGUAUGCGACCAGGAGACGCGCCUCGGCCGCCAUGGAGCCGACGAGAUCAAAGCCCAUCCCUUUUUUGCCGGCGUCGACUUCGGCACCUUGCGGCAUGUGCGAGCCCCCUUUCAGCCGGGGCUUACGUCCGACGUGGACACAUCAUAUUUCCCGGUCGAGGACCUGCCCCAGACUGAGGAAUUCAGUCCUCCGGCCGCCGCUGCCGGCCACCUAGCCAAUGGUGCUACUGACGACCCCCUUAAGCCUGACAUGUCUCUGCCGUUGAUUGAUUACACAUUUAGGAGAUUCGAGAAGAGCUUCAUGUGA